AUGGUGAAGAAAAUGGCAAUACAGGCUGACUUCCAGGUAUCAAUAAUCACCCUAAAUGUUAGCAGAGUAAAAUCAUCAGUAAAAGACAUAAAAGAGCAUGCGGUGCGCGCGACUUGCUGCGCCACCAAACGCCGGCGGUCGCCUACCCUGGCCCUUCGUGACACAGGCGACAAGGACCGACGGAGUCAGCGCGGCGGCACAGUCACUUAUUCUCCAGGGGCUGGUGACCUGAGGCUCCCCGCCCAGCCGCGCUCGCCCCUCAGCAGAGACCAGGGAGCGACCUCCCAAGGGCGGCGCCGGCGCCCCGCCCGCGCCCCGCCCGCGCCCCGCCCACCGCCCCUAGCCCGGCUCCCGCCGGCGCCCGGGACUCACCUGCAGCACGAAAAAGCGGCGCGAGACACUGAAGCCGCGGUCGGGGGCCGGGAAGCGCCGGAUCUUCACCUCAGCCACCUCCUCGUUCGGGUUGGCCAGGGCCAGCCCCAGCGUCCGCGAGGCGCCCGGGCGCACGUCCCCGAAGCAGAGAAAGGGCGACCGGCAGAAAUGGCUGAGGGACAGGACCGGCGGGGACGCCGCCUCCCCCGGGGCCGCCGCGCCUACCCCGGGCUCACCUCCCAGCGGCUGCGGCCCGCUCGCCGCGUCGCCACGGCCGCUCCCCCGCUCGGCACCCCGCAGCCCCUCGGGCGCCGGCGCGGCUCCUUGCGAGACCCGGGAGGAGGGUCGGCUGCUCCCCCUCCCCACAGUCCUGAGGAAGUAACAUGUAAUAAGCCUUAUAUUCCAAAUGCUGUCUACAAACCUGUAAAGACCAAAUACAGAACUGAAGAUGAAAUCACAUAUGAAUGUAAAGUUGGCUUUUAUGCAACCUGGGAAAAUAAAGUAAAAUGCACUGUUACAGGCUGGGUACCUGCUCCAAGGUGUAACUUGAAGCCCUGUAAUUUUCCAGAAAUUAAACACGGACAUCUACAUAAUGAAGCAUAUUAUAGACCAUACUUUCCAGUAUCCAUAGGACGUUAUUACUACUAUGGCUGUGAUGAAAAUUUUGUGACCCCUUCACAACAAUUUUGGGGUACAAUUACUUGCAAACCAGAAGGAUGGGAGCCAGCACUGCCAUGCCUCAGAAAAUGUAUUUUCAAUUAUUUGGAAAAUGGAAACUAUCCAUUGAGACCAAGAUGGUAUUUACAGGGUGAAUCUAUACGUGUUGAAUGCCUUCCUGGCUACAGUCUUGAGGAUGAGCAGAAUACAAUGACAUGUACAGAGAAUAACUGGUCCCCUCCUUCCAGAUGCAUUAAAGUCAAAACAUGCUCAAAACGAGAUUUAGAAAUUGAGAAUGGUUUUAUUUCUGAACCUGAUACUACAUAUGCCUUACAUAAGGAAACACAAUAUAAGUGUAAACCAGGAUAUUUAACAGAAGAUGGUAAAAUAUCAGGAUCAAUUAAAUGUAUGAAAAGCGGAUGGUCAGCUCAACCUAGAUGCAUUAAAUCAUGUGAUAUGCCAGUAUUCGAGCAUGCCAGACCCAAAAACGAUAGCAGAUGGUUUAAACUCAAUGACAAAGUGGAAUAUGAAUGUGACAAGGGAUAUGAGAACAGAGAUGGAGGCACCACUGGCUCCAUAAUAUGUGGUGACAAUGGUUGGUCUGAAAAACCUACAUGCCAUGAAACAGAAUGUAAAAUUCCCAAACUAGAUGAUUAUUUAACUGUUCGGCCUUCCAAAAACAAGUAUAAAAUUGGAGAUGUGGUGAAAUUAUUCUGCAGACUGGACCGUUUCAGAGUUGGACCAGAUUCAGUUCAGUGCUACCACUUUGGAUGGUCCCCUAAUUUUCCAACAUGUAAAGGGACAGUGAAAUCAUGUUGGAAACCUCCACAACUCCUGAAUGGACAAGUUAAAGAAGCACAGAAAAAAGAAUAUGAACACAAUGAAGUGGUGGAAUAUGUUUGCAAUCCUAGAUUUCAGAUGAAGGGUUCCAAUAAAAUUCAAUGUGUUAAUGGAGAAUGGACAAACUUGCCUAAGUGUAUUGAGGAGAAGAGCACAUGUGGAGGUAUACCUGACCUUCCUAAUGGCCUUGUUGAAGAUGCUGCCCCUCCCUAUCACCAUGGAGAUUCAGUACAGGUCAGUUGUAGAGAAGCAUUUACUCUGAUUGGUCACAGCUCAGCCACUUGCAUUAAUGGAAGGUGGAGCCAACUUCCUGAGUGCAUUGAAACAGAUGCACUUGAGAAGUGUAAACCAGAAAAGCCAUUUGCAAAUGAUCCAAAUCUAUCAAAUAUGAUUGAAUUUAAUCAUAACUACCGCGCAAGUUACGACUGUAAAGGAAAAUCAGGAAAAAAAUACGCCACCUGCAUAAAUGGAAAAUGGGAUCCUAAAAUAACCUGCACUGAAGUACCAAAACAAUUUUGCCCACCUCCACCUCAGAUUCUCCAUGCUGAAGCUAUGACAACCACAGUGAAUUACCAGGAUGGGGAAAGAAUAUCUCUUCUCUGUGAAGAAAACUAUCUAAUUCAGGGCGGUGAAGAAAUUAUGUGUAAAGAUGGAAGAUGGCAGUCAAUACCACAAUGUGUUGAAAAAAAGCCAUGUCCACAACUACCUCAUAUAGAACAUGGAACCAUUCAAUUUUCUAACCCUUCAGAAGAGAGGAAAGUUACACUAGGAUCCAAGACUUAUCCACAUGGCACCAAACUUAGUUACAUUUGUGAUGAUGGUUUCAAGAAAUCUGAAGAAGAUGAAAUAACAUGCCACAUGGGAAAAUGGAGCCCUCUACCUCAGUGUGUAGGACUUCCUUGUGAACCUCCAGGUUUGAUUUCCCAUGGUAUUCCAUAUCUAAAGGGAGACAAUUACCAAUAUGGAGAAAUUGUCACCUACCAUUGUACCGAAGGCUUUGGGAUUGAUGGACCUGCAACUAUAACAUGUUUAGGAGGAAAAUGGUCCCCUCUACCAAAAUGCCUAAAAACGGAUUGUUAUAAUUUACCCAGCUUUGGUGAUGCCAUACUCAUAGGUCAGAAAAAGGAAUCAUAUAGGUCAGGAGAAAAGGUGGCUUAUAAAUGUCCAAAAUAUCACCAAAUAGAUGGCUCCAAUACUGUACAGUGUAUUAAGAGAAAAUGGAUAGGAAGGCCAACAUGUAGAGAUGUUUCCUGUGUAGAUCCACCUAGAGUGGAAAAUGCUGUGAUACCAAACAAGAUGCCUAGGUACUCAUCUGGUGAGAGAGUACAGUAUGAAUGCAAAAAACCUUUCGACAUAUUUGGGGAUAUGGAAGUGAUAUGUUUAAAUGGAACAUGGACAAAACCACCUGAGUGCAAAUACUCGAAAGGAAAAUGUGGCCCGCCUCCACCUAUAAACAAUGGAGAUAUUACCUCACCCCUAUUACCAGUAUAUGCUCCAGAAACAUCAGUUGAGUACCGAUGCAAGUCUUUCUAUAAACUUGAUGGAAACCAGAAUGUAAUAUGCCGCAAUGGACAAUGGUCAAAACCACCAGAAUGUCUAGAGCCAUGCAUAAUAUCACCAACAGCCAUGGAGGAACAUCAUAUAAGGUUGAGAUGGAUAGAUGCUGACAAACUUUAUUCUCAGUCAGGGGAACCUGUUCACUUUGUGUGUAAAAAUGGAUAUCGUCCAGUGACAAAAGAAUCCUUACGAAAAACCUGUCAGAAAGGAACACUGAUAUAUCCCACUUGUAUAGAAAAAAUGCAUAAAGUGUAGUCAAAACUUACAAUAUGUACAGG